CGCAAGUGGUUCGUUGCGGGCGGAACGGGGACAAGCUUCUGCCGCGCGUCUAGUGACUCCAGGCGGCUAAAUUCCGCAGAGCCGCGGUGAAUGGCCCUGAGAUCAUCCUAGCCAACCCGCGCGUGCGACAUUACUGGACGACGAACGCACGCCCCCGUUCGACUACAGUUCACGAUUUCGCUGCUUGAAGAUCAAUAUGGUGGACGUGGAUGUUGAGGCGACUCGAGUAUACAGGAGGCUGGUCGAUGAUCUCCUCGAUCGGGCUGAGCGCGUGAAACCGGACAAGCAGAUCGAGCCCCCGUUGACCGAAGCGCAGUUGGGCGAGUCGAUAUGGCAGGUGCAGGGAGACGACGCACAGGCAGUGGUUCGAAUGAACCAACAGACGCAGUUUGCUGCUGUUGAGAUUGCUUUCAGGGAGAAAUUCUACAGCGUUCUUGCGACAACAUCGAUCGAUGAUCUUGGUUUUAUUCAGGUCUGGAAUUUGCUUGAUGUCGUCUCUAUUUUCUCCGACAAUGAACAAUGCGAGCCGGGUCUGAUUUUCUGGUUAAUUGAGGAGCUCCUUGAUAGCCAGACAAUCGAUGGAUGUCGAAAGGUCUUUGACUACCUGGAGUCACGCAGGGAGCGCAACACAAAGAAACACUUCAAGCAGAAGAGUCUAGUCAUCCUUCGAUCGUGUAACGAAUUACUCCGACGGUUGUCUCGAGCAGAGGAUACGGUUUUCUGUGGACGAGUGUUCAUUUUCCUCUUCCAGAGCUUCCCACUUGGCGAUAAGAGCGCUGUCAACCUUCGGGGCGAAUACCACACCGAAAAUGUCACGACCUUCGACGAAAACACCAAGACAGUAUCGAAAGAGAAUGAGGGAGCAGACAUUGAGAUGACGGAUCAGAAGGAAUCUGAGGAACAGAAGGCCGAGAAAGAUACCCAGCAACCCUCUAACGACCAAGAGGCUCCGAAGACCCCGAAGGUCGUCGUAUCGGAUAAUACCAACAAAGAAGCCGAGAAAAAUAUCGAUCUGGAUGCACUAUACCCGAUGUUCUGGGGCUUGCAAGCAUACUUUUCAGCACCAACCAGGAUGUUUGAUCCUCGGCACUUUGCGACUUUCAAGGCCGGACUUGAGUCGACACUCUCGACUUUCAAGAACAUCAAAACGGAUCUCGAAAGCCAAAGUAGCAAAUCAGCAGAAGAGCUGCGCAAAGCGAUGAAGCGGAAGCGCACGCCGGAUGAUACUGAGAUCGCAAGCAGCUUUAACCCGAAAUAUCUUACCAGCAGAGAUCUCUUUGAUUUGGAGAUCAAUGAUACAGCGUUUCGGAGACACGUCCUUGUGCAGGCCCUAAUCCUUUUGGACUUUAUGCUCUCCCUUACACCUAAGGCUAAAGGCCGUCUAGCUGACUUGACUAACAAGUCCGUGCUUUACGGCUUUGUGCUGAGUGACGAAGAUGCCAAAUGGGCAACCAAAAUGCGCAAGGCGAUCGAGGAAUACCUCCAGGAAGGAGCAGGAGGCAAGUUCUACUACCGUAUGGUCGACACAGUUCUCUCACGGGAUAAGAACUGGGUCCGGUGGAAAGCUGAGGGCUGUCCACUGAUCGAGCGACCUCCCGUGUCAGUAUCCGAGUAUGUCGCUUCCCGAGAGCAAGCGUCCAAAAUAUACUCCAGCAAACGACUCCGCCCUUCGCCUAUGGGAUCCCUCGAUCUGAAAUUCCUGUCCGAAGGUGAGGCACUGGCUAGCCUUGACCGACUCAAGGAGCCAAACCGGUUCAACGUCCCAACGGCAGACACUUUUAUGAUGGGCAUCAUGGACGACGAACUCGAUAUUGACAUGGCGCAGUCAAAGGAGGAAAAGGACAAUGCUUUAAGGUCGAAGGCGAGCAAAACAUGGCGGAUACUGCGUCUGUCAUCACGGAAUAAACUAGCCGCGUUCGACAAGAUUGAUGAUGGAAAGAACCUGAAGGCGUUGUUUGAGGAUCCUUCGCCUCCAGAAUCUGAAAAGGGAGCAGGAACAUCUCAGUCGCAGACGCAGAUGCAGACACCAGCACCUGAACAGGCACAAACCCAGGAACAAAACCAAGACCAGGCACAAGAGCAGACCCAAAUACAAACACAAGGACAGACACAAGAGCAAAUAUCGCAAGAACAAACCUCGGCACACGAGACCGCCCCAGCGACAGAGCAGGCAUCACAAAAAGCAUCCGCACCCGCAGCCGUCCCUGCACCAGAACAAACAGUGCAAGAAGUGGCGACGGAAACUAAAAGAGGCGGAAACGGCGGUAACAAUGACCAGGGUCACGAGUCGACCGGUGGCGAAGCCACAAUUGCGGCCCCAGUCACAGAAAGCCAAGAAGAGCAAGAUACGACGAUGACUGACCAGUCUCAGGAAACUUCGGCCGCGACUGGCGCAGCGUCGUAAGGGGCGAAGGAUACGGGGGCAUGGAGAGAAGACGAGAAGAGAAACAUAGAACCGAACGAAUACGGCCGGACCACAUUAUUGCCAUACUACAUACCAUGUCAGCCAGUGCGUGUACAAUUGAAUACGUGCGUGCAUAAUAACGAAUCGAGUAUUUUACCGACACUGAUCAUCCUCCGUUCUAUUCUUUUCUUUUUUUAACCGUUGCCCGUUAGCCGCUACCCGUUGGCGCUAAAAGGAAAGAGGGGAGGGGAUGAAGGGGGGAAAACCAUGCAUAUGCAUAGAUGGCUAAACGGAAUGGCAACGGGCUUGAUGGUUAGAGCAAGGCACAUAUCUCAUCGAAGCGAGGCGGGUCCGGUGCACCUAGGUUCACUUAACUUCGUCCGGUGUUUA